AUGCUGCACAUCUCUGGGAAAGGCCAGUCAGGUAGGGCGGUCCCUCCACCUCGUCACGAACUGACGGACAGCAACAACUGCCCACUGGACUUCUUCUCCUUACGCCUGAAAAACUACUACGAGAUUCUCGUCAUCAACGAGACUUCGGUCGAGAUGAGGUGCCUCAAAAACUACCACCACGUGACCGGCUCCCGGUUCACCAGCUGCAUGGAAAACGGCUCUUGGAGCGGCAUGGAGAUGAUCUGUGAAGUAGACUACUUCAAAGAGAGACACAGACUGAGCAUCUUUAUAGUCUUUCUCUCGUUGAUGUCGUCCUUCGUAUUUCUGGGAUCGGAUUUUUUCUUUUUCAUGAAGAAAAAGUUGGAGCUAAAAGUUGAAAAGAGGAGGCUCGCGUCUUUCAACAGGCGGCGCACCAUGGAGUUGGGGUACCACACCAGAACAACAAAGAAGAAGGAUACGUCAGCGCUAUUGACCAUAAGGAUUGUGGGAACAAAGUGGGAAUAG